AUGAAGAGUGGACAGGGCGUGAAGAAAGGCACUUCGGAUGCAAAGGAGAAGCUGGAGAAUCAUCGUGGCAAUGCAUUAGUGCGUAAUAGCACGUCUUCCAAGGAGAAGGAAGCUCAGGUGGAGGAGUCGUGGAGCGUGGUGCGUGCAUCGAAGUCUAGCACCCUGUCCCAGUUUGCUGCCUCGGAGCACGUGGUGCAUGCGGCGAAGGGAUCAGCGCAGGCCGCUUUCACACCCGCAGAGACUCCGGUCGCUCCCCACUCGUGCACCCCGACACCCGUUAUGGCACCACCUACUGCCUCUGAUGCGAGGACAAACGAUGAGGAGGACCAGAUGAGCAUUCCUACUCCCUCCAUUCGAACAAUAAGGCUGUCCACGUCGCCAAAGGCGGAAAGAUCUCCCGCGGCUGCCGAAAGCACAGCGCGAUCCCGAAUGGCGGCUGGACUGUCUCCCACGUCUAUGGACUCUAUCCCGUUCUCGUGGUCGGACAGCACCAAAACUGGCACGUCCAUUGAGUUUGCCAUGGAUGGCGCAUCUUCUGAGGACACCAUAAGCGUUCAAGUCUCACCGCGCCGUUGUCCGCCCUGUGCUGUGGAGAAUGGCGCGUCCGGGGACAUUGAUGCGCAAAGACUGCCUGGGAAACACGAUGACGUUGGCCACCACGCCGCUGCCGUUUCCGACCGCAGGAGCGAGUCGUCUCUUGAGCUCUGCGUCGGGGACGAUACACUCGAGAAGAAGGCACUGACACCGUCAGUUGUGGCGGCGGGGGAUGAUGAAAAGCGGCAGAAAGAGGGCGAACGGUUGAAGGCGUCCAAGCAGACUGCGCCAGGGUCAUCUAAGCAGGCCCCGUCGAGCACCCAAAGGGAGGCGUCUCGCAAGCGUGCGGGAAGUGUCGGCAAAGCUACGCGACACGGCGCGUAUGCUGUGUCAUCGGCAGACCCUAAAGCGAAGAGCAGUUAUGCGGACAUCGGAGCCAAAGCUGCCAUGCUGUCACAAGUGAAUUCUCUCCUUGCCACAAGAGAUCAGCCCAAAACGUCUGGUGCUUCGAAGCAAAAGGGAAAGGCGCCUCGAGGGGAGCAGCGAUCUACGUUUUCCUCCAGAGGUCAUGAUUUGGUCGACUCUGCGUUGCUAUCCUCUCACAGUAGCAGCGAGGGCAGUCUCUGUCACCGCAGGUCUUGCGGCUCUGUGAACUCCAUAGGCGAGGAGAGCGCCGAGUGCCUUCCAAAUCGCCAAGGCCAUAGCGGCCGUGGGUCUCGUCUCACCCCGGUCAGAUACAACGAGGAAUAUGAUGACGAUCAGCAAUCAGUCAGUACAACGGAGCGAGUACGGGAGUUCAACGCACCACGUAGUUGCCGAGACGUCAACGUGGGCACCAUCGUGAGGGGCCGUAGCGGUGGCAUGUUCAGUGGAGUGGCGAAUGAGCGAUCAUGGCGGACGCCCUCUGCCCCAUGGGGGGCAUAUCACUACAGAGAUCAAGGGCUAUGGGGGAGCAGGCACUGUCAUUCGUUGUCACAGUCACCGGUGCGGCGCCAUGGUUCGCGGUACAUGGCCGUCGGAAGCUUGGACGGCGCCGCGCUGGUGCAAGAGUGCCUAAUAGAGUUGCAGAGCUACGGCCGCGAGAGGAGUUUUGACUCGAAACGGCCACGCCGCUGGCGGCAUAGUGAUGAGGUGACGCAGCGGCGCUCUCCUAUCAAAGACGUCUGUGACGGUGAAAGGGAGCGAUGCUUGUCGCAGCACGGAAGAGCCUCAGCCUCUUCCAGGGUUUCACCAGUUGGCCGUAACAGAAGGUACAGCGAGGACAGCGAUGUGCUGGACGACGAGCACCGAAUGCAUUCACACCGGAGCCUCUCGGACGAGGCAUCCCCACGGCAUCGGUGGCGCCUCCGCUGUGACAGCGAAGCCAGGCGACCGCCGCCUUUGUGCGCCGAUCCCGCGCGUUUUCACCACAUCUCGUUCUCUAGUUCCUACACAGAUAACGACGCGUACGCUACAGCCGCUGUCACUGGUGCUGAGCGAUCCUGUUCACGCUCGGAGCGGCGCCGCAGUGGAAGAAACCGCGGGGAUGUGAAGGACCAAUACGGCUCUGCGGCUGGGCAACGUGUGCGCUUUGCUGUUACUUCUUCCUUGAUAGGCGGUGAUACUGAGAAGAAAGAGGAACUACUUGAGUCUUCCCACUUCAAUGAAGGCAGAAGGAGUAAUAGUCGCUACCGCGAAGAGGCUGGGCGGUCUCCUCGCUCAAAGGCGCGUCACACCCGUAGCAAAUCAGCGCAAGCAACUGGCGAUGGGGAGCAUCUGCGAUACGACUGCGAAGAUCGUCGAGGGUCAAGGGUACGAGGAGGUGGAUGGGUGGACCGCUGCGAUGGCGCUGGAGCCUAUGAUAACCGCCGUUGCGGCUCUGCAUUAGACUAUGGUGACGCCGACUCAGAUGCGUCACGGAGACACAACUCGCCCGACGGCGAUGGGUGUGGUGGCUUGGGGCGCUCACAGAGCUACCGUACUCCACCCGUGGCGGCUUCGCCGGCGCGUAAGAGCCCACUCCGUUCUCGCUGUGGCAUGUAUCCUCUAGAUUUGGCUGUGGGUGUACAGCCAGGCCGAACGCGGUAUAAAUCGCUCACGUCUCCCGUAUCCUCACCAGUUCGCGGGCGCCAAGCCUUGAGCGCGGCAAGCGUCAAGAGGACAACGCCGCUUCAGCGAGCGUCUCAGAGCCGUGUGUCAUCCACGACAUCUGCCCAACUCUCGGAGAAAGAGCUGCUUGCCGAGGUGGAGUCGAAACUGGGUGCGCUGGAGCAGCAGAUCGCCGAUGACGACGCAGAGAGGGAGCACGCAAUGAGGCGUAGUCCGUUUGAGCGACUCUACCACCUCAACAACCGCCGCGAGCGUGACGAGCGACGCAAUAAGGUGUUCCAGCUGAACCUCCUUGAACGGAUUCGUGAGCGAAUCCUCUCCGGCUCGCUGGAGGAGGAGAUCGCCCGGAAAGAGGAGCGGCUACGAAAGCAGAAGGAGAUGCUGACGAGUCCGGACGGGGUGUUUGUGCGUCUGUACCAGAACGCAAGUCCGUGCCGCUCUUCAACGAACAUCGCCGCCGCCGCCGAGGACAGCGGUUCCAAGAGUGCCCAAGAUGGCAACGGUGGUAGUCGUGCCAACGUCAACACAACCGGCGUGUCCAGUCGGCCGGCGUCUACGACACGUAGUCGCAUGAGCAAGACAGAGUCACAGGCGCUGAGCAACCGCCUGUACGCAAGUGCCACUGCUACGAAGCAGAAAAAGGAGGACAUGGCGAAACGAUUUGUGGAGGAGCGCCGACAUCGAGAGGUGGAAGAGUUGCUGAUCGCGCGUUUGGCGGGGAAAAUUCAGCUCGAUCGAACUCGCGAGCGUGCCUCAGCAAAUAGGCGGCUACAGACACCAGCUCAGUUGGAAGAAGAAGCCCGCACACAGCUGAAAAAACUGCGCGAGGAGGACCCAAAUGGCUACGAGAAGAAGCUGCUGCGAGGCCCAGUGCUGUCGCAAGAGGAGUGGGAUAUGCAGGCUGCACGGCUCUGGAAGCAUGGGUACGUCUCGAAGGAGAAACUGGAAGCUCAAAGGAAAGUGUUGGAACUGAAGAGCUGCACGUUUCAUCCCCUAAUCAAGACGCUCCCAGGCUCCGAAGCCGUUGCUAAGCGUGACCACACGCACGGUAACGGUAGCAAAGGCAAGAAUAGUGACGAACGCUCGUAUGGCAGUGCCGACGGUGCGCAGGACCACUGCAAGGCGGACCGGUGCAUGGAGCUGUACCACAGAGGAAUGCAAGCCAAGGAGCGUGGCGAGGCGCUGCGCGACGAGCACGACCGUGAGGCUCGCCUCCGGAUCCUUCGCAGCCGAAUGGCAUGCGACCACCAUUUUCGGCGCCGGGUUGAGCUUGACCCAUCCCUCGCCGAGCGCUUCAUAAAGUCGUUGGUUGUGUAG